AUGGCCGACGUCGAGGCAACCCACUCGAAGGCGAUCAGCGACAGCGGCAAGGACGCCGUCUCGGUCUACCAGGACUCUGACGCGCCCGUUGUCGGUCGCGAGAACCUCGCCGACCUCAUCCCGCCGCACGACUCCUACGAAGGAAAACACCGAUGGGAUCCGACAGCGUCUUGGACGGUGGCCGAGGAGAGGGCCGUUGUCCGCAAGACGGACCUGAAGCUCUUGAGUUGGCUUUGCGUGAUGUUUUUCGGACUUCAGUUGGAUCGUGGCAACCUGUCCAACGCGCUUGCGGACGAUUUCCUCAAGGACAUGAAACUCAGUAGUGACGACUACAACAACGGAACCACAAUCCAGCUGGUGGCUUUCCUGGCGGCCGAGUUCCCCGUCCAGUUCCUCACCAAGCGUUACGGCUUCAAGUUUGUGCUCCCGACCAUGAUGAUGAUGUGGGGUACCGUCUCCUGGGCCCAAGCCUGGAUCACGACCCGCGCCGGCUUCUACGUGACGAGAGCCUUGAUCGGAGCCUGCGAAGGUGGCUUCAUCCCCGGCACCAUUCUGUUUGCUACCUACUUCUACACGUCCAAGGAGCUCUCGGUGCGAUUGGCCGUGUUUUGGUCCACGCUCAACGUUGCGCGAGUCAUCUCGGCACUCCUCGCUGCCGGCAUCCUCCAGAUGCGCGGCGUUGGCGGUCACCCGGGCUGGUUCUGGCUCUUCUUGCUCGAGGGUCUUCUGACCUGUGUCUUGGCCACAGUUUCGUUCCUCUGGCUGCCCCAGUCCCCCACCAACACCACCACGGUCAUCUGGAGAAAGCCCUGGUACACUGAGAGGGAGGAGGUCAUCAUGACUAACCGCAUUCUCCGCGACGACCCCGCGAAGGGUCUCACCGCCCUCAAGGAGCCCGCGACUUUCAAGGACAUCAAGAACGCCUGGUUCGAUCCCUCGAUGUGGGGUCUCUACUUCAUCGGUCUCAUCGCUUACAUCCCGGCCACCCCCGUGCAGGCCUACCUCACGCUCACCCUCCGACGCAUCGGCUUCACGACCUUCAACUCGAACAUGCUCACGGUUCCGUCCGCUGUCUUGCAGAUCUUCACCAUGUUGGCACUGGCCUUUAGCAGUGACUACUGGAAGGAGCGCGCGUUCCACUGCAUCUUCGGCGAGCUCUGGAUCAUGCCGCUGCUCAUCGGUCUCCUCACGCUUCCGGACGGCGGCCGCGACUGGGAGCGUUUCUCCAUGGUGACGCUCAUCUCGGGAUACCCCUAUUUCCACCCGAUCGUGUCCUCGUGGAUCUCGGAGAACACGUUCGACGUCAAGAAGCGCGCCAUCUCGGCGGCGACUUACAACGUCAUCGUCCAGAUCGGGUCACUCAUCGGAUCGCAAAUCUACCGCUCCUACGACGCGCCGUACUACAAGCGCGGCAACACCGUCUGCGUGUCCAUCUGCGCGCUCAGUCUCGUCGUCUUCCUGGUGCACCGCCAGGUCCUCAUCCUCCUGAACAAGCGCAAGGAGAGGGUGUGGAACACCAUGUCGACGGAGGAGCGGUUGGCGUACCAGAACGACGCGGCGGCGCGCGAGCAGGACGGAAACAAGCGUUUGGAUUUCAGAUUUGUCUACUAA